AUGACGCAAUCAUCAAGGCAGGAGCGAUUGGAAGAAGAUGGGACCUUGGCCCAAAAAGGUGUGUGCAGCGACAGACAAGCGAUGAACGAAUGUGAACACCGAAUGAUAACCAUGGGAUUAUCUGGGACAAGUUGGUCAGCCAAAAACAAGAUGGGGAGACUCGCUUGUGUCGGGAUUUGGAGAAGCAUGGAUUCGAAUCGCUGCUACUGA